CGCUGAGUUACUCCGGCUGUUGGUCGCCGCUCGGAACCAAUGUUCGGGGUGAAUGUUGUCGGUCGGAGGAGGAGGCGGAGGCGACCGGUCGCUCUGGGGGACCGCGUUAGCGGCUGCACGCGGCCUACGGCGCCGGGAUGUGGGCCCGAGCCUGUGUGUCUGCAGCUCAGCGGAGUGUACUGUGGCGAGCCAUCCUCCCCGAUGCAGCGUGGCACCAGCGUUCCCUCCGCUGCACGCACUGCGACGAGGGUCGCCUCUCGCUGUCGGAGCUGCAACACCUCGACUGCAUGUCCCCCGAGCUGAGCAGCGUUGACCUGGACGGGCUGUACACCCACGAUGAGCGCGGCGCCAUCCUGCAGGUGCUGAACACGGCAUCGCGCGAGGAGUUGGCCGGCAUCAAGCUGCUGCGCGGCAGGAAAUCGGCCAACAUCGUGCAGCACCGCGAGCAGAGCGGGCCCUUCAACUGCCUGCAGAGCCUGCUGCACGUGCCCCUGUUCAAGCACAAGACCAUCGUGAAAGUCUGCCAGUCCAUCCUCAGCCCGCUGCAGGAGCCAGCAAAACGGGAGAAGAAACUGCACGGACUCAAGUUUGUCAAACCCGACGUGGAGAGGAAGCAGCUCUUGGCUGCAAAGACCAUCGUGUCGAUCGUGUUUGGAAUCCGUAGGAUUGCGUGGGCUCAUGUGGAUCACAAUCUCACCGUCAUGGACUGGAAUCAGGAGGAGAGCCACCGCUACAUGAAGGGACCCUAUCAGCCUUCCUUGUACCUGGAGGAGAUUUCCUCAGCCGUGUCGAACAUCCCCGCUGCCGAUUUCUACGUCCUGGAGAAGCCCGGCAUCUCGACACAGAACGCCAACCUGUUCCCGGUGACGUUACACCUGCGCACGGUGGAAGCCAUGCUGCACGGCUUGUUGAGCCCGCACUUCCCGCGGGACGGGCAGCACCGGGUGCUGAGUGUGGUGCGCACGGCCGUGGGCAAACACUUCCAGCUGAUGGUGGGCGAGGCCCGCACCAGCGGCAGGGAGCUGGUUCAGCAGCUGAUGGCGGACUCAGUGACGCACGAGAACCCAAGGGUCCUAUUUCCCCAUGACACACUUGCCCGCUACAGGAGGCUGUUCCACAAAGCGGGGCCAGACCGCGGGGAGGAGAUGUGCGACGCGUUACUGCAGGCCAUCGCUUUCUACGAAUUUCUCUUCAACGAUUCUUAAACAUCAUUACAGUUGGAGCCGGCCCUUCUUGUCACCACUGGCAUCGAGGGGAGAAUCAGACAGAACUUCUCCGAUUUGAUUCUUGUCCCUGUUUAAGAAAGAACUGCAGAUGCUGGAAAAAUCGAAAAAUGCUGGAGAAACUUAGCAGGUGAGGCAGCACCUAUGAGGAGCGAAGGAAUAGGUGAAGUUUCAAUAGACAAUAGGUGCAGGAGUAGGCCAUUCGAGCAAUUCAAUGUAAUCAUGGCUGAUCAUCCCCAUCAGUACCCCGUUCCUGCCUUCUCCCCAUAUCCCCUGACCCCACUAUUUUCUAAGAGCCCUAUCUAGCUCUCUUUUGAAAGCAUCCAGAGAACCUGUCUCUGAGGCAGAGAAUUCCAGUUUCGCAUCGAGACCUCAAAGAAACGGCACCUAUUUCCUUCGCUCCAUAGAUGCUGCCUCAUCCGCUGAUUCUUUUCCCGGCUCACACUUAAGAUUCUUGUGCUGCUUCCCUGGUGAAUACCUGACUGCCAACAUAACAUUAUACCAAGGUGCACAAAUCACCGCGACUGGUUUGAUUUUGGCCUGUUUCUGAUUCAACCCAGUUUCACAAUGAAACCUGUGGCAUUUCCACCAUUUCUGGGUUUUUUAAUUUCACUCAAAAGCUUGAUGGCACAGCGGUAGAUUCGCUGCCUCACAGCGCCAGUGACCUUACAGCGCCAGAUUCCAUCAUGACCACGGGGACUGUGUAGUUUGUAGGUUAAUUGGCUUGGUAUAAUUGCCCCUAGUGUAUAGGACAGUGCUAAUGCACGCGGGUGAUGACCGAUUGUUGUGGGCUGUAGAACCAGUUUCCAUGCUGUAUCUCUAAACUUUAUUGGUGGCUGUGAGGCAUUUUAUGGAUAAAAACAGAACAUUAAAUGUACGGAGAAGAUCAAACAGUGGAGCAGGAACCUCUUUGGAACCAAUGGUGCUACAGAAAUGCAAAUCUUUAAAAUUCUAUUAGUCUCAGGUGAUUGUAUUUUUCCCCUUGUAUUGCUUUGAUUGUGUAUUUAUCAUUAAAAUACUUCACUGG